AUGAUGCCUAAGCGUCCUAACAACGACUAUCGCGAUCACCGCGGGUAUUACCGUGAGGAUGACGACCUCACUGUGACCGAGGGCGCCAUCCAGCGCCAGCAGAAGGACUGGAGCACCUACCGCAAGACUGAUCCCUUCAUUCUCAUCAGUCUUGCCAUCCUCAUCGCCACUCUUAUGGGCGGUGGUAUCGCCAUCGGCAUUCACUUUGCUACUCGCGGCUCCCCCAACUCUCAGGUUCCCACCUCUGACUCCCACAUUGUCCCUCGUUUCGCCGGCAUUAACUCCAAUGUCCACGGUUUCAAUGGCACCCUGACCCACGGCAUCAACUCGACUCUCUCUGGCUUGGCUACCACUGGCACUCCCACUCUCUGCGAAGAUGAUGCCGAUGAGACCAUCACCGUUACCCAGUUCCUUGGAAACAACAAGACCACCUCUGUUGACACCACCAUCACGACCCACGUCCAGAAGACUCUCACUCAGACCCUCCACAAGUCUCCCAUGGGUACCACUGUCUCAUCUGCCGAUCCUGUCAACACUACUCUUCCCGGCUCUUCUGUUGUCACCCAGUCCAUUCCAGUCGUCACCAAGGUUCUUACCACCUCUGUCACUGAGACUGCGUACCACACGGCCACUGCCCACCAGAGCAACGCCGCGUCCGAGUCCUCCGAGUCUGUCAUCGAGUCCACGUCUUCUAUUGAUGACGCGCCUCCCAUCGUCGUGACCACCGUGGGCCCGUUCCCUACUGAGAGCUCUCACCCUGAAGUCACCUCGGUCUUCCCGACCAAGACCCUGACCCAGACGCGCAAGACCACGAUCCAGGGCGGUCCCUUGGUCUCUACUGAAGAGUUCUCCUCAACCACCACGGUCACUCCCACGACGAUCAUCAAGUCCACCAUCUACGUCACCGCAGCCCCCCUGAGCUCUACUACUCAGGCCCAGUGCUCCCACGAGGUGGAAGACCACACCGUCUACGUCACCGUCACCGAGACCUUCACUCAUGGCGCUGCCAGCUCUUCUUCGAGCGUUCAGUACAAGACCUCCAAGGCUUCCUCCGCCAAGAUGUCUUCUUCUACCGCCUCGGUCUCCCCUUCCACGGCUACCGACACCAUCUUGGUCACCUACACCGUCACGAUUGACAGCCUGUACCCCCCUACUACGAGCCCUAUUAUGAGCAGCUCUUCCUCUAGCGAGAUGACCUCCUCUACGCUCGGUCCCGCCUCCAAGUCGACUAUUGUCGUCACCCAGGUGACCACCCAGACCGUCAUCGUCUCCAUCGGACACGGUACAACUGUCUCUUCCCAGCUCGGCCACGCCGGCACUCCACUCUUUACUUCCCUUGCCUCUUCCGGAAGCGCCCAGGCCUCUACCGCCACGGACGCCGUCGUCUUGACCAAGACGAUUACUUCCAACGUGUUCAAGACCAUCAGUGCCUCGUCUUCUUCGUCGCACUCGGCCGACAUCCAGACGCACACCCAGACCUCCAUCGUCACCGUCACUGCCUCCCCUUCCAGUGCUCUUUCCUCCAAGUCAUCUUCUUCCCAGUCUGUCGAGUCCAUUCUCACCACGAUCUACCUCACCGAUCGCGCCACCCAGACUGUCACGAUUGGAGGCAUGGCUACAGUGACCAUCCACCCGGAGCAGUCGUCUAGCACCUCCUCGUUCUCUGGUCCCCCCAACUCCACCAGAACCGAGACCAAGGUCAUCACUGCCUCCGCGUCCAGAGUCGUCCGCACCUACACCACCACGGUCAGCGGCCAGGUCUUCACCUCGCUCAUCACCGUCUGGAAGAAUGUCACCGCCACGGCCACCGCGACCCUCAGCAGCAGCGGCAGCACCUCGUCUCUGACUUCCAUCUCCCACGAGGUCCAGAACACGACCGUCACGGCGACCGCCACGUCUGUGGUCGAGGUCCCCGUCACGCUGAACACCACCAUCACCAUCACGGGCACUCCCAUGAUGCACCCCACCGCCCCCAGCACCCUUCCCCCCUUCGUCAACGGCACCGCCAUGACUUCGUCUACCCGCCACGUCCCCACGACCUACCACUACCCCACUCUGUCCUCCUCGACUGCCACCGAGCAGCCCAAGAGCACGAGCACUGUGGUCGUCGUCUCUGGCGUCGCGAACAAGCAUGCCGAGGGUAUCAUGGGCGGCUGCAAGGGCUGCACCACCUGGCUCGCCAUCUUCGUGCUGGGCCUGAUGGUUCUGUUCUAA